CCUGAGAAAUCCCGCCCCACGGGGGGAGACUUUGGAGAAUGAUCAGCAGCCAAUCACAGAAGGGGCUGGCGUGUAAGUUCGCUGCUCCUUUAAGAUUUUUUUCCACAAAAUGUAUUUUUUUUCUCUUUCCUCACACAACGGAGCUCUUUAAGCCCCAGUGUGCGACACAGAGCGGGCAUUCAUAGCGGGGCAGCGCGAGCGAGGGGGCUGGGGAGUGAGCGGGAGCGUCACUUUAGGAACUCGGGAACUCACGGACUCUAGUGCUAAGCGGGCGACCUCCUUUUUCAAUACAGAAGUGUUUACUGUAAACGUAUUGUGUAAAACAGACGUGAAGACAACCCACACACAACUGGAUUAUCAGACAGCGGAUUGUAAGAAGCAGUUCCCUGAUGUUCUACCAAAUUUAAACCAUUCAAAGGCGCAUAAAGCGUGGGACUGCACCCGUACGAAUGGAAAGAACUUUAAUGUGCAAUUCGAGCAGAAUUCUGGAGAGAAGACUGAGCGACGAAACUGAUUGGAAAUUCAUAUAAACAAAUUUCGAAUGGAUAAAAUUAAUCAGUAAACGCAUUGGCAUAAGAGAAAACAAAUCUCUACUUAGGAAAAGUAUUGAUUCAGUACAACCCAGUCAUUUCGGAGAAAAAGCUACAGAGAAAUAAGUAGCCUGCUUUGUGCAACGUUUCCAGGAGAAAGUUUACCAGAGUGAAUAGAAAGAUGUCGGGAGAGGAACAGAGUUUGUCUGAGGUGGAAAUGAGUCCUGGCGUCUCGGAUGACGGUCACUCUAUGUCACCGGUCCACUCCUCAGGCCCCGCCGGAGGCGCAGACUCACCUUUGUCUGGACAGCAACCAUCGGUUGGAGAGGAUGGUGGCAGCACGGUCUCCGUCAAAUCCGACGAGGAGGAUGAACGCUUCCCCAUUGGUAUCCGUGAGGCGGUAAGCCAGGUGCUGAAUGGAUACGAUUGGACGCUUGUGCCCAUGCCAGUGCGCGUGAACUCAGGAAGCAAGAGUAAGCCGCACGUGAAAAGACCCAUGAACGCCUUCAUGGUGUGGGCGCAGGCCGCACGGCGAAAACUCGCUGACCAGUACCCUCACCUGCACAACGCCGAGCUUAGUAAAACGUUGGGGAAAUUGUGGAGGCUCUUGAAUGAAAAUGACAAGCGGCCCUUCAUCGAGGAGGCCGAGAGGCUGAGGAAGCAGCACAAGAAGGACUAUCCGGAAUACAAGUACCAGCCACGGCGCCGCAAGAACGGCAAACCCAACUCCAGCAAUGAGGGCGAUGCCGAGGGUGAGGUCAGCCACAGCCAAUCACACUACAAGAGCCUCCAUCUAGAAGUUCAUGCCGGAGGGACAGGGUCUCCACUGGCCGAUGGGCAUCACCCCCACGCUGCAGGUCAGAGCCACAGUCCUCCGACGCCUCCAACUACGCCGAAGACCGAGUUGCAGUCUGGAAAGUCAGGAGAGGGGAAGCGAGAGGGUGGCGGAGCGGGAGGCUCCCGUGGCGGCCUGGGCGUGGGAGCAGACGGGGGCUCUGGGUCAGCGUCUGGAGCAGGCAAACCCCACAUCGACUUUGGGAACGUGGACAUCGGUGAGAUCAGCCACGACGUCAUGGCCAACAUGGAGCCCUUCGACGUGAACGAGUUUGACCAGUACCUCCCGCCCAACGGGCACCCUGGUGUUGGGGGCAGCUCUGGGGCCCCUGGGGCGGCCGGUUCCUCCAGCUCGCCCUACGCGUACGGCAUCUCCACGGCCCUGGCGGCGGCCAGCGGACACUCUGCCGCCUGGCUGUCCAAGCAGCAGCAGCACCAGCAGCAGCACCACACCUCCUCGCUGGCCUCCGACCCGUCCAAAGCCCAGAUCAAGAGCGAGGCCGGACCGGUGGGCCACUUUGCCGGAGAGGCGGGCAGCAGUGGCUCCCACGUCACCUACACCCCGCUUAGCCUGCCACACUACAGCUCUGCCUUCCCCUCGCUGGCCUCCCGCGCCCAGUUUGCCGACUACGCCGAUCACCAGGCCUCAGGCUCCUAUUACGCCCAUUCCAGCCAGGCCUCGGGGCUCUACUCAGCCUUCUCUUACAUGGGGCCCUCGCAGAGGCCCCUCUACACAGCCAUCACCGACCCCUCCAGUGUGCCCCAGUCCCACAGCCCCACACACUGGGAGCAGCCCGUCUACACCACCCUCUCACGGCCUUGACAGAGACCUGGAGAAGAAGUAGAGGAGGAAGCGGGAGAGGAGGAAGAGGAUGGGGAGGAGGAGGAAGGGGAGGAAGAGGACAGGGCCCUGGCAUGGGUGGAGUCCCACAGCCAGAAACACAGAGCAAAGAAGAGGUGGAGUGCUGGGGAAACCCAGCCCAGUCAGACCCACUUUGGUCCGGUGUGGAGCCAGACUGGCCAGCAGUGCUUAGGGAUGACAUAUGGAGCUCGGUGGAGUUUUUGGGGUAACAUGGUGUAGUGUACAGUACACAGUUUUACUGAAGGCUAGGUAGUACAAUUUGAUUUCAUGUUUGUGAAUGGGAGAGUGUGGAUGUUGAAACAAGGAAUGAUGCCAACAAUCAAGACAGAUUUGUCAUUUUAAACAUGGAAUUAAAAUAAAGAAGUAGAGAAAAUGUUUAUUGUAACAACCCCAUUUAUAUCUCAGGCAUGUCAUUCAUUUAACAGGACACAUACAGUGUCUCACUCAAUGCUUAUCAUUUCCAAGUAUUCGUAUAUAUAUAGGUAUAUAGGUCCUCUCUGUGAGGAAGUGCCUUUAUGAUACAGACACUAUAGAGUGUAAGGGGAACUUGUUCACUGCAUUGUAGGGAUUACUAAUAAACAUGACCAAAGUUUUGAGACCAAAACUUUAAAGACCAAGAAAUGAACUGGUUUUAAAAUAAGCAGGCCUCCACUUAAUCUAUACAUACACACAUUGCCAUCUAAAUGUUAGGUCAGUUACUUUUCUAUUUGGUAACAAUAUAAACACAAGACUAUGGCGACUGUUAGCAUUUCCAAUUCGAUAUUGUUGAGCAGUUCUCUCCAGCACUGACUACUGAUAUGAUUCCGAACUGCAUUAGUAAGACACUAUUCUACAGAACUGGGAUAGACACUGAAAAGACAAUAUUAUGUGUACAUUCAUAGGCGUUGAUAAUUGUUUUAAAAACAGUAAUCUUUUUCUAUUAACCAAAUAAAGGUCUUUUUUCAUUAAUCAUAGUACAGUAUUUUUCAUGUAGCCAUCCAUGUAGUGUUUAAUAUUAAUGUCAAUGUUGUCGGUUUUUGUUGCCAUUACUACACUGAAAAGUCUGCACCACUGCCCUUCAAUUUUUAUAUUCAAAUUUGGUUUGACAUUCAAAAUGUGUAUAUACUUCAGUGUCAAAUUAUAGUUUUGUAGAUACUUGUUCUAUAACAGUUUUUUUUUUGCUUGCUUUUAAGUGCUUUUAAGUAGUUCAUCAAAGUCCAUUUACCUGAGAUUGUGUGAGACAAAAAAGAAUUGUGAAACAGAAAGUUGUUAACUUCAGUGUCACAUUUGCCUAAUUUUCAUAAUGGCAUGAACGACAAUGAGCAUUUGACUCACCAACAUACACAACACUGUGGAUCAUUUCAGUGAUUAAACCAUCACCUGUGCAUUCACACUGUUAGUUGAUGGACAUUGCCAAUGUGUGGACUGGGCCGUUGUCAGUUGUGGACUGUGAAAAUGAACCAGAGUGAUUUAAACCCAUGCCAUUUCCCAGCCACAGAGGAUAAGUCAUCUGCACAGAUUUAACUGUCCAUUCUGGGUGCCAUACAAUAUGAAUUAAACCUUAUACCGUGAGUUAGGUUCAGUACUUGUUAGAAAUACAAGAGGGACUGUUAUUUGAUGUAUGUUCCUUUCAUCAGACUAUUAAUUUACGUAAUUUUCUCUAUAUACCUUUGUUUGACCCAAUGCAAGAGAGGAUAUCAUCUUGUUAUCACAGUAAGCUUUCACUUUGUUGCUUGAUUUCUUGUAUUUCGUAGUAUUAUAAGCAAAACCAGAAAUUUCAUUUACAUCCUACACCUUGUGGUAGGACAUGCUUGUUAUAUAUUACAAAAAUAUUAUUUAUAUUUGCUGGUAUUAAGUUUUGUUCACUGUUAACUGUUUUCUUUGUUCUCCUUAUAUGUUGAAAGCCUAUGACUGAUAUUGUUGUAUGCUAUUUUGUACUUUCUCAGUUAUGUUGCCAGCAAACCAGAACACCCUUGUAAAUAGUAGAGAAGAUGAAACUUUAGAGACAGAAUGACUAAUGAAUUCUCUCACACUAAAUAAA